AUGGACACAGACUUCUCUAAGAGAGUGUACCAAGGGGUCCGGGUCAAGCAUACCGUCAAAGACCUGCUGGCAGAGAAGCGGUCCAGACAGACAAACGGACCCAGAUACAGCGGAGGAUCGACCACUCCACCUUCAUUUGUCCAGAUGCCAGGAUCCCACAUGCUGCCCAGUUACUACAGCAUGAGGCGUCCCUUCAUCUCCGACUCGGACUUCUGUCCAUCAGCCAAGCAGUUCUCUCCUGACAUCUACUCCUCCACCCUGGGGGGUAAAUCUCUCAACUGCGAGUCAGCCACAAUGUCCAGCUACCCCUCCCUCAUCGACAGCUACUACCCAGAGGCCUUUGGUGAUUAUCGCAGCGCCACGGCCUUCUCUAGCUCUGGAGGUUCCUUCCUGCCUUCAUCAGCCCUGUCUUCUCUGCUGCCUCCCUUCAGUGCAGAGACCUCACAUCUGUUUCUGAGAGACUCCUGGGAGCAGUCGGUUACAGAGUCAGUGUCCCAGGUAGAGACUCUCUGUCCAGACAGCAUGGCCUCAAUCACGGUCCCUCCGUCCAUGGCCAGCCCUGAGCCUCCAGACAGCCCGUCCCCGUUCCGGUCCAACAGCCGGGGCUCCACCAUGUGCUCCGUCCCCAGCAGCCAAAGCUACACCCUGCACCCUCUGGAGGACAAUAACUACCACUCUUUAACCACCACCAGCAGCAACUACCCCGUCCUCUCCUCCUCCUCCUUCUCCUGCGCCCCCUACAUGACCAGCCCUGCCAGUGACCUGGUGUCCAAGAUGGUGACGGAGGACAACGACGGCCACGGCAACCCUCCGCCCAACAGUGAGGCUCAAAGCUCCUGGGCAAAAGAGGAUGGAGUGAGCCCCUGGUCUCCCUAUGAGAUCAGGAGGGCGUACUGACUGGACGGAGGGGAAGAAACUGCCACAGACCCUGAUGUUACCACUCCGACGACGUGAUCUUAUGUCGUGACUUAAGUUUGUUUUGAUUUAUGUGAAAGGAGUGAAAAAAGGAACUUGGUCUCAAUGGGGGGAAAAAAAAGGAAGGAAAUGUUUUAGACUUAUAUGAAAAAUCCUAGUGUAUACUAUAAUUUUUUUUUGUAAAAUGUAAAAGGUCAAGUGUGUAACUUUGCAUGAGUAUGAAGUAUGUAUUUACUAAAUAAAAAAAUACUUUUAGGCUAGAAACACAAUGUGAUCCAGCUGAACUUUAACGAAGGAAAAGACAUUUCUUUGUGACAUUGUUUAAUUGUCAUAGAGCUGUUAUUGCUUUUAGAAGUUUUGGCUUUGUGUUAACGACCGAAGUGAUCUGAGAAUCAGAACAUGUCACUGUUUGUUGACUCCAAAAAGGUUCAAAAUAUUCAACUUCCAGUCAAGAAACUCUCCAGACAACCAGUGUGUGGCCAUGACUUCAGUAUAUAUAUCACAUUUUCU